AAUAAAUAAAAGCGAAACUCUCUGGACCACACGAGAGAAAAACGUUCACCCUAACUCUCUCACACAGUUUCAUCUUUCUCUGAGUCAGACAAAAAAAGAUGUGGUUUUUCGGAAAGAAAGGAGCAUCAGGAUUCUCGGCUCGUUCCACAGCAGAAGAAGUAACACAUGGUGUUGACGGAACUGGCCUCACUGCCAUUGUCACAGGAGCAUCGAGUGGUAUUGGAGUGGAGACCGCGCGUGUUCUUGCACUGCGUGGUGUGCACGUGGUUAUGGCGGUGAGGAACACUGGCUCGGGUGCUAAAGUCAAAGAAGAUAUUGUCAACCGGGUCCCUGGAGCUAAACUUGAUGUCAUGGAGUUAGAUCUCAGCUCAAUGGACUCUGUCAGGAAGUUUGCAUCUGAUUACAAAUCAUCUGGUCGUCCUCUCAACCUCUUGAUCAACAAUGCUGGGAUAAUGGCAUGUCCCUUUAUGCUCUCCAAGGACAACAUCGAGCUUCAGUUCGCAACCAACCAUUUAGGUCAUUUUCUGUUGACAAAGCUACUGCUAGAUACAAUGAAGAACACAUCACGUGAGAGCAAAAGAGAAGGCAGGAUUGUGAAUCUAUCAUCGGAAGCUCAUCGGUACUCGUAUCCAGAAGGAGUCCGCUUCGAUAAGAUCAAUGACAAGUCAAGUUACAGUAGUAUCCGGGCUUAUGGACAAUCUAAACUCUGCAAUAUAUUGCACGCCAACGAGCUUGCAAAGCAACUGAAGGAAGAUGGAGUCAAUAUAACAGCAAAUUCACUUCAUCCAGGAGCCAUUAUGACUAAUCUUGGCCGCUACUUCAACAGCUAUUUGGCUGGAGCUGUUGGUGCAGUGGCUAAAUAUGUGCUCAAGACUGUUCCGCAGGGGGCGGCAACGACUUGCUACGUGGCAUUGAAUCCUCAGGUUACAGGAGUUACAGGGGAAUACUUUUUGGACAGCAACAUUGCUAAACCAUUAUCACUUGCUAAAGAUUCAGAAUUGGCCAAGAAGGUUUGGGACUUCAGCACUAAGCUUACCGAGUCCCAGUCAGGAGAUAGUAGUUCUUGAAACCAUAAUGUUCAGUGAAUCUUUACGUUGUGAUUUCUAUUUGAGCCUUUACCAAAAUAAAUAAAAUGUAAUAACAAAUCUGAAUCAUUUCAACUCUGCAAAAUGUUGGUUUAGUUUUGGUUCUA